AUGUCGCCUGCCGCUGAUCGAGUUUCGACCCGCAAGGCCUUCAACUGGACCAAAAGCUCUUCCCCACUCGUCGGCCCAGCCAUGCCGGUCUCCAGAUCGUCAUCUCAUCGAGGACACGCCAGGACGAGGUCUCUCAACACGUUUGCAGAUUGGAACGACUUUCCCAAAGCCAACAACAUUACAAACGCUCAUGCUCCCCGGCACUUGCGAACCCUUGAUUCAUCAAGGCCCAUGUCCAUCGAUCUCUCCAUCCUCUCGACAACUUCCGCCGCUUGGUCCGACCUGUCCUCUCCGGAGGCGCGGCGACUGCUGACCGGCGCCCCCGUGAAUUCUGCUUGUGAACUCGCUCUACGAUUGCCGAUGAACUGUCAAACGCUCCUCAUAGCUGGUAUCGAAGUCGAUGUGUGGACCAAUCCACCAAUACCCACUCUUAACCAGCUGCCAAUCAGCGUUUUGUUCAUCCUCCACGGGAGAUCCAACACUCGUCGGGGUGUAGAACAUAUUGUAAAGCGCAUGUUAGAGGUUCAGUCCUCAUCACCUUCCGAUAGCCACUGGAAGCGAGAGCUCUAUGUGGUGACCCUCGUGAGCCCCGUUGGAACGGCUCAAGAUGUCAGUAACCUGAUAGACUUUCUUCCGAGCUAUCUCUUUCCUGAACAAGAAAGGGAAAUCGAACAAUGGGCACUUGCAGGAUUUAGUCUAGGCGGACACUCAACGUGGAUAGCACUCAAGAAUGGUAAGAAAUGUACAUCUAUAGCCCAUUACGACAUGAAAUGGCUCAUAAUUCCAAUACAAAUCAGAUACCCGGCUAAAAAUUGGCGAUGCCCGGACUACCUCAACUUAAUGUUUGAUAGAGCCACUCGUAAAGGCUUUGAUACUACAGCUACAGCUUACUUCCCUCCCAAUUUCGUCGCCUAUGUCAAGGAGAAUGAUCCAUGUUCGGCUCCAGUGUCCAACCACGAUGAAACAAACCCUUACCUGGGUAAGAAGAUCUUAGCUAUCGCAGGUGGAAAAGACAGGCUUGUUCCGUGGCAAUUCAGUGCCAAAUUCUACGAGAGCCUUCAAGUAGGCGAGCACGGGGUCAAAGAGAUGUUUAUAGACGAUGAAGCUGGUCACAACGAGACGAGAAAGUGGUUCAACGCCAUCAGUCAGCAGACGACUGAGAUUGAUGCGAAAAUUGCAGCAAAUGCCACUCAUGUCGCCUCUGAGACCCAAGAAACUCGACUGUCUGUCCCAUCUGACUUUCUCCCCGUUGAACGCGUUCAAUUCCAAGAGGAACAGGACCUGGAAGUGACAGACUUUGAAACAACCCCUUUUAACAAGCUCGUUCGUCAAUAUAAACGAUCUGGUUCUUCAACUCAUGACUCGUCUCAUCAAAAGCCUUCCAAUUUACAAUGGCAUUCACCACUGAAGGCACUGGUCCAUCGCUUUGAGCUGGCUGGUACGACAAAGAAUGAAGUAUACUAUCUCGUUAAGGACUCCCUUUUGACGGAUGUCUCUUCAAUACUCCUACCCUGUCAGGUUGUGCAAAAGUCCACCUCCACAGCCUCGGAAAAAGAUAAGAAGAGCUCUCAGUCGCGGCAGUGGGAAUAUGUAAUCGAUGCAGCCUAUGAUCCCAUCACGGGUAUCUAUUAUCCUAUCAACUGGGAGAACUUUCUCGCAGACCGAACAACUACCGUCCAAACCGACAAAGUGAGUCUGUGGAACAUGUCGAUCGGUAGAACCACUGGUGGAAAGGCAGUAUCAAUCAGCAGCGAUUCGGAUGACACCUCUGAGAAUGACCACAUGGAAAAUGACGAUGGUGAUGGGAGUGGAGACGAGGAAAUGGAAGAACUCUCUGAAGAAGACAACGAGUUGGUCGAGGAGAAACCCGCUUCAGGAGAUUCUGAAGGAAACGAUCACCCUCCCGCCUCCCGCAAGAAAAGGAAACUAGAAACAAAGAAUCGCACCCCCGCAAAGAGAAGAAAAGGUAUAACACAACCUACUCCACACUCCAAAAAGGCUUUAAAAUCUCGUAAAAAGUACAAGAUUCGCCCACCAACUAUUCAGGUCCAAGAUAAUUCAGCACUGUUCUCCAUGGAAGAUGAUCCCUUUCUACGCGCCAUGUACACAUUACAUGAAUGCAAUCCUUUCACAUUUGUCGAGAUAAAUGGCCUGAGAGUACCUGAACCAAAUGCUGCUUACCCGCUACUUUGGGAAGCUAUCGUAGGACAUGAUGCAUCUACACAUGGGCAUCUAAAGAUUAGCCCUAAAGAGGCCUUGAAGCGACUCACAUUACAUUUUGGAGUGGGCAGCUCGGAAAAUUCGGGGCCAGCAUGCAUUGUCCUUAUGGACGAGUUGGAUCAACUGGUCACUACUAAGCAGGAUGUUGUGUAUAAUUUCUUCAACUGGCCAAACCUGACCGGUUCCAAGUUGAUCGUAUUGGCGGUUGCCAAUACCCAUGAUCUCCCGGAACGGGCGUUGAGUGCCAAAGUUCGCAGAAUGGUCAGGAUCAACUUUGCUCCAUACACCAAAGCUCAACUUGCGGAGAUCGUCAAUUCAAGACUAAAACGUGCACAAGAGGGUGCUUCUAAUCUACGGACAGUCAUGAAACCUGAUGCUAUUUUAUAUGCAGCAGCUCGGGUCGGCGGGGUGAGCGGAGAUGCACGACGAGUUCUGGAUAUAUCGACGGUCGCCGAUGUGGUGCAAGUCAUAUCACUAAUGCAAAACACCCCAACUGCAGGUUAUGUGGCGCAAUGUAGUUUUCAUGAGAAAGUCAUGCUCGCAGCAGCAUUGAUGGAGCUCCGCAAUCGACACUUGGGCAUUUUACACCAACUUAACGUCGAGGAAGAUACCCCGCAGCGAACACCCAGUGACGAAGAACUUCUGAGCGUCCUUGACACUCUGGUUCAAUCAGGGCUUUUAUCGAUCGAAUCGGGCGCUCUGGCGAGUCGAAAGGCAGCUGUUGACCGCAAGGUGAUAAUUACAGCGGAGAAACAGGAAAUCAAGAGGGUUUUGGUCGAGACUGGGCAACGAUGGCAUGCCGCACUAGGCGUGGAUGUUUGA